AUGUCCGUCGUUCCAAAGUACGCCGGCAUGUCUGGCCACAUGCUGUCGCGAACAGUCACUACUGUGGCCACUAUGGGCUUCCUGCUCUUCGGUUAUGAUCAGGGUGUUAUGAGUAGUAUCAUCGACUCGGAUGCCUUCUUCGAGCUCCUCCCCCAAUUGAAUGGAAACUCAACCCUUCAAGGCACAGUCACUGCUCUUUACGAAAUCGUCACUCUGCAGAAGAACAUUAUUGUGGACUCCAUCCGAGCGUACGUUCUCCACCCUAGUAAUUGUCAAUCAGCUACUAACCUUUGA